GAGUGUGGGAAAAACUUCACUCGAAGAUCAGCCCUUUCUGUUCAUCAGAGAAUCCACACAGGCGAGAGGCCCUAUGAAUGCAGUGAGUGUGGGAAAUGCUUCACUAGCAGCUCAAACCUUUUUAAACAUGAGAGAAUCCACACAGGGGAGAGGCCCUUUGAAUGCCUUGAGUGUGGAAAAUGCUUCACUAAGAGCUCAGCCCUUUCUGAACAUCAGAGAAUCCACACAAGGGAGAGGCCCUUUGAAUGCUGUGAGUGUGGGAAAAACUUCAGUUCCAGCUCACAUCUUAUUAGGCAUCAGACAGUCCACACAGGGGAGAGGCCCUAUGAAUGCCGUGAGUGCGGGAAAACCUUCAAUCGCAGCUCACAUCUCAUUAGACAUCAGACAGUCCACACAGGCGAGAGGCCCUAUGACUGCAGUGAGUGUGGGAAAACCUUCAGUUGCAGUUCACAUCUUAUUAGGCAUCAGACAGUCCACACAGGGGAGAACCCUUAUGAAUGCAGUGAGUGUGGGAAAACCUUCAAUCGCAGCUCACACCUUAUUAGGCAUCAGACAGUCCAUACAGGGGAGAGGCCUUAUGAAUGCCGUGAGUGUGGGAAAACCUUCAGUUGCAGUUCGCACCUUAUUAGGCAUCAGAAAAUCCACACGGGGGAGAGAACCUAUGAAAGCAGUGAGUGUGGGAAAACCUUAGGGUCCAAAGAAAUUUUGUCCAGCUCCACUUCCUAGUUCAGUGUGUCUCAUUACCGUUCCAGUGGAUGCCAGGGUUAGAUUGAGAACAACCAUCCUUCACCGUUUGGAUCCAAAGAGGGCGCUUCAUAGGACAUUCCUUCCCCGUGGAUCCCAAACUGGCUGCCUGAGUGGGUAACAAGGACUUCCAGGCUGUAGAAAUGAUGGUAACCAAUGAGGCAACAAAUGUGUCAGGCUCCAAUUUCAGACUUCUGGAUACUCACAUGUUGAGUCCUGAUUCUAAGGUUUCGUGUCUGAUGCUCUGGCUACACAAUUAAGCUGAUGUUGGUGCAGCUGUAGCACUGCUAUUACAGAUGCUCUCCGCCAAUGGGAAAAAUCUCUCCCCAAGAACUUUAUUAGUCCAGCCCGCACAAG